ACGCGCAUCCCUGGCUGCGCUGUCAGUGAUUGCUCGGAGCGGGGAACGCGAUGCAGCCUCUCCCCGGAUCAGCCUAAGCCAUGGGGGGAUCGCGGAGAUCGGGGACCCCUACGGGGGCCCCACUGUGCUGCUGGGUGACGCUCCUCCUCCUUCUUCUCCGGCUGGGGGCUGCGAGUCCAGAUACUCCGAAAUGUAAAAGUAUAAACUGCGUCUUGGAAAAGAGAGAUCCCUGUCCUAAGGACUCUUCAGAAUGCGGUCACUGUAUGCAAGGAUACGUGGAGGCCAUCGAUGGCUCGUGUGUGCCAGGGGCCUACAACACUCCUGAUUCCGAGAUUGACUUUCUGGCUUCAAUGCUUAAGGAGAAAGAGCCGAACGCUGUUAAUUUCGCGGAGCAAGUCAAUACCACACCGUCCAAUCCUCCGCCCGUGCCACCAGUUAAAGAAGCUUCCGGCCGAAGUAACAGUCCGGGCUCUCCUAAAACUACCCGAAAACCUCCUGGUGAUGCGCUGUUACUAGGUGUGGUGGUGGCCUGUGCCCUUGCUGGUCUCACAGCUUUGACUAUCGCCGGUAUAUGUUGGUGCAGAAUGCGCCGAGAGAUAAAAUUGGCAGAAAAGACAGAUUAUCCGGCCUAUAGACAGUCACCGCCUCCACCGUAUGAAAAGACAUCAUCGCCCGGAGAUAAGAAAUUGGCUCAGAAUGCUCAGAUGUACCAUUACCAACAUCAGAAACAACAGAUGAUAUCCAUGGAGAAAAAUAAAGAUGAACUGAAGCACCCAGACUCAACUGUCACAUCGGAUGAGGAGAAUGAAGAUGGUGACUUCACUGUAUAUGAAUGUCCGGGAUUAGCCCCUACAGGAGAAAUGGAGGUGAAAAACCCACUUUUUGACGACUCGACUCUUCAUCACUCCUCUCACCAUCCUCAUUAGCAACCUCAACCUCCAGACUUGAACACAAAACCAAAACCCAGUUCUGAAAAGGAACCUUGUGAGAAGGGAACUACAAAUUUACGACUUACUGAGGUUUUCCUGAACACGGUCAAUUUUUUUUUUGGCCAAAGGACUUCUUUCCAGCCAACCCACUCAAUCGACGGUGAUAAAUUAAAAGACUGUUAUAUAUAUGAUGGGAUUGUAUUUUGUCUGGAUACUGAAACUUCUUUCCUUUCACUAUCAAGUGUUUCUCUCGCUGAGGAAUGAAGGAUUCUUUAAACCUGCAGAGAUUUUGAUUCUCUUCUUUCAAAUCUAACUGCUACUCUAUCGUCCCAUUGUCAUUGUGCUUCAGAUAAAGCCAGCCUCGAGCUGACAUUAACUUCUAGACAAAUGCAAAGUCAGGACUGAAGAGAAACCCUCCAAUUGCAAAUAUAUAUAAAUAUAUAUCAGUUAUUAUAAUUAAAGGAAGCUGCAGAUCUGCUUUCCUUAAUACAACUUUGCACUUUUAUAUGCCUAAAUAUUGUGUAUGUAUUCAUAUACGCUGUAUCCGUUAUUUUUCAUUGAAUGCCGUUCCACCAUCAUUCAGACCAGUAAAAAAAAAAAAAAGAUUUUAAUUACAAAAGUAGUCCACACCUAUUAAAGGAAAUAGCUAUACGACUGAAAAUUAUAUGUGGAUAUUGUUGUAAAGUAUUACAACUAAAAGACAUUUGCAAGGCCACAGUAAGCCCAUGAAGUGCAUGCUUGCACAAGGCUUGUGGGAUUCCUGGAAGUUUGGGGGGGUAGUUCUGCUAGAAAAAAAUAGGCCAACACCAGCAGAUCUUUAAUAUUAUUUGCUCUUUUGCGUUACAGCAUUCUAUAAAAAUAAGCAAAGCAGCCAUUUCUGAAUCUACAUUCCAGAUACGUAUACCUUCAUGCACCAAGGAUGCAAAUGUUACAGAGGGAACAUGUCAGAGCUGCGGGUAGACUAUGAAAAGUCAGGUCAAGUCUCAUCACCAUGAGACUGUCAAUCUAGACUUGACUAUUAUAGCUACUUGUGAAGGCCAUUACCUAACUAGGGUCAAUGAGAUCUUACUAGGGUCAACGAUUCCAGUUUUCACCAACAUUGCUACUUGAGAAGGUGUUGACUAACUUGGGUCAGCGAGUGCUUAUUAAGGUCAACGAUUCCAGGCUUGACCAACAUUGCUAGUUAUGAAGGCGUUAACUAACUUGGGUUAACAAGUGCUUACUAGAGUCAAGAAGAGCUCCUUGAUGUGUUACGAAAGGGCUUUCCUGGCAUCCCAUAUGAAGUCUGUCCAGCCCUAAUUGUUGUUGAAGCUGACAUUAAGAGAACCUGUUUACACUGUAGAUCGUUAGUUGUGAUAGCUUACAGCAAAGUGGCUUAAUGUGGUUACAAGUGAGGCUACUCUGGCUAUCCAAAAUUGUUUACAACGGGUCAACAUCUAGGCGUGUUUAGGCAGAAGCAUACAUUUGACCAUCCAAAGAAGGAGCCAUUGUGUAGGAGUGGACCAGUAUAUCUCAGAACAGAGGUUGCAUGCACAUCCAACACAAACCUCACUAUCUUGUUAAUCCAGGCAUUGGUCUGGCCUAUAUAGAAUGGAUGCAUUCACUGUGCAACAGCUGCACUUGGAAAAACAAAAGUUUCAAAACCGUACAAUAUUUGGUAUGGUAUCCCGAUAGCCAGAAUAUUUUUUGUAUCAUAUAUAGUGUAGACUUUUUGUUCACAUUGCACUUUGUGUAGAUUGUUGCCCCUAUUGGCAGGUGAGGGUAAUAGUCAUUUUACUCUCUGUUUGCACAACCUGAGAUAUAUAAUAAGCUGUUGUAUGUCUGUCUUUUCCUCUUGUAACUACCGUUAGCUUUUCUCUUACUAUUAUUAUAAAAGAAUAUAUUUUAUUUAGCUUUUUGAAACUAUUGCCCAAGCAAACCUAUUUUUCAGUUUUGGAUGGGUGUUGAAGGGCUUACACCGCUGCUUCCAAUGAUGAGAUCUUCAUUCUACAGUUCUCAGCUCUAAAACCACAGGAGAUAAUGGAGGCAGAGGUGGGUACAGCAGAGGGGACAUCACACUGGAGUCCUCGAAAGAUAAAUGCAGAUGUGUAUAUGUACCUGAUACUAAAAAUUCAGCUUUCCAUGGAACUGGCCUUUUAUUUAAUUUUUUUCUCCACCGGUUCAUUGAGGUUUUGGGAUUGGGGGGUUUGGAGACAUAUCAUUCAGGACUGAGCCCAUGUGGUUUAAGACAUUUGUAGACUGUUAAGUGUGUCACCAGAAAUAAACAGACUGUUCUUGGGAUACGAUAUUGUCAAAAAAAAAAAAGCUUUCAUUUUUUUACCAAAAUGUGUUUCAUUGGUGAAUUAUCAAUCUACUAAUAGCUGGACAUGUUCUCAGAUUUGUCGAAUGACAAGUACCCACCUGACAAGCGGCCCACACACAUUAGAUGGUAGUCUGCAAUAAGAAGCAAUUUCAACAUGUUUUGAAGCCUACCUUCAGCCAAAAUCCUAUUCUUUUACAAAGAAUUUAUUUAUUUAUUUUUCAAUACACAGUGCAAUAUAAUACAUUACAAUAUAGUGUAACAAAAGCAAAGUAUAAUAUGCCAAACCUAUUGUGACCAAAAGGCAACAAUAUACAAUAUAAAGAGCAUAGAUUUAUUUUUAUUUUUUUAAGUCCGCAGUGGUGCAAAAAUCUAAACGUAAAAAAGUGAACAAAACAUGCAUGUGAAACACACAGCCUAAGAAGUGCACUUAAGAUUGUGCUUUUAGUCCCCCCCCCCCCAAAGGGGUAGGACCUCUACCCUAAUCUCCCGAGG